AUGUCUGAAACUUAUUAUUUUUGUCCUCUUUGUAUUACCGCAAAUGUUUUUCAAACGUAUUCGUCGCUGUUCAAACAUAUUCGUGAAUAUCAUCGUGACGAUCCAUCUUUUGGUAUUCGAUGUGAAUUAACUGUUUUUUGUGGUUUUCGAUACUCGACGUUCGAUAGUUAUCGCCGACACAUUUAUCGUUGCCAUCGUUCGCUCAUCGACUCUUCUGACGAUAGCAAGAAUAAUAUAUCAUCAGGUAUUGAUGAUAUUCAUUUUAUGGAGGAUUUCUCUUCUGAUGCUUCAUUUAAUGAUGAGUCCAGUAUCGCUGAUAACUCCGAUUCAUCGAUUUAUGUGGAUGAAGAAGUCGAUGAAAUGGAAUAUAAUUUUUUAAAUAUGAAUCCAAUUACUGUUCCCGUUAAAGAGGAUAAAUUAAGUCUUAAAGAAUUUGCGGAAUUUUAUACUCGUGUUCUUCUUGAACUGCGAGAGUAUCACUUGCUUCCGCAAAAGAUUGUUCAAUGUAUUUCAUCUUUUAUUUCGACUCUUCUCGAUAUGACUUUUAAAUUGAUUAAAAUAAAAACAUCAACCUCCGCCUUCAUACCAACAAAUGAUAUGGAUAUAGUUUUCGCACAAGUUAUUUCGAUCAUUAAUUCAAUUUCAAAAAACGAAUAUCAAUUCUUAAAACAAUGUAAGAAUUUUUUUAACUAUGAAGCUCCAACUGAAAUUAUAUUAAAUAAAAAUGAAGAACGUGCUUACUAUAUACCUUUAAAACAAAGUAUACGAACCAUGCUUCAAAAUGAAACAUUAUUAAAGUCUAUAACUGAUAAUAUCAACUCUUUUUCGAACUAUGUAGCUAAAGAUAAAGAUCUGAUCCUAUCAAAUCGACAAGGGUGUUGUAUUAAAUCAAAUAUGUCUCGUCGAGAAAAUUCAAAUGUUUUAUUACUUAAAUUAUACACAGAUGGGAUUUCUGUUACUAAUCCGAUUGGCGCUAAACGAGAUUUCCACAAGUUUACCUGUUUUUACUAUCUCUUGGACGAUAUGCCAGAAACUAUGCGAUCAAAGGUAAAUUCCAUUGGAUUAUUUUGUAUGUGUUAUUCCAAACACUUGAACGAUCAGAAUAAUGCAAAAAUACUAAUGGAUGUUCUGGUGAAUGAUUUGAAUAAUCUUCAAAAUGAAGGCAUUACGAUUGCAUGUCCAUCAAGUAGAAUAUAUUUGGUUUUUUCAACUGUAUCUGCUGACAAUUUAGGUGCCAACGAAGUUGGAGGUUUUCAGAAAACAUUUAGUUCAGGAAGCUUUUGCCGUCAUUGUUUAAUUACGUACGAACAACGACUUAUUCCAUUAACUGAUAUAUCAUUUGUUCCUCGAACUAAGUUAAAGCAUGACAUGGUUCUUAGUCAAGUUAUUGAGAACAAUGAUGAUAAAAUUAUACAAGGAGUUAAAUGCUGCAGCUGGUUUAAAAACUUAGUCGGUUUUCAUCCAACUGAGUCAUUACCACCGGAUUUAAUGCACGAUGUUGCAGAAGGUCUAUGUCCAUUAAUCAUUACUGCUUUAUUAAAGGAAGCUAUACAACAACGUAUUUUGUCUUAUGCCCAAAUUGAAGAACGCACGUCGAGCUUCAACUUUGGAUUUAAUGAUCUGUCUAAUAAACCUCCUCCCAUUAAAAAGCAACAUUUGACUAACUCUAAUGUUAUUGGUACUGCUAGUCAAAGGUUAUGUUUAUUUAAAUUGCUACCUAUAAUAUUUUAUGAUAUUAUCGAUGAGCUGGCACUAUUUUAUUUGUAUACGUUGUUACGUGAAAUCAUUAGCUAUUUGUAUGCUGGUAUCAUGAGAAAAUCUUGGUUACCAUAUCUUGAUGCUUUAUGUAAAUCUUUUUAUUCAUUGAUGGUUGAGCGUUUACCUGAUCAUGUAACGCCAAAAGUUCAUUUUCUUACUGAAUAUUGUCGUUCCAUCGAAAAACAUGGUUUACCCAUACUAAAUUCGUGUAUGCGUUUUGAAUCAAAACACCAGUACUUUAAGCAAAUUGUUAAUCGUAGCCUCAAUUUCAAAAAUCCUCUUCUCACUAUGUCUAAACGCCAUCAGCUGCGUCAAUGUCUGCUAAACAAGUUAGCAUCGUCCCGCUUCUCACCAUCUAUAACUGUUUAUUCGUCGAGGCUAAUUGAAUUCGUUAAAUUUUCUAUUCCUAUUCAACGUUUGUUGAAGAAAUAUGUUAACGAAACUGACUCAAUCAGUGAGAGCUUAUCGAUUUAUUAUCACGAUCUUAAAAUGAAACAAAAAUCUGUAUUUGUUUAUGAUCUUAUUCACACUGAAGAAAUUCCGAUAUUUUGCCAAAUUCAUCAUUUGUUAAAAAUUAAUGAAAAAUGGUUUGCGAUUGCUGAAAAAUUACAUACAAAAGCUUUUAAUGAAAAAUUAUGGGCUUAUGAGGUUGAAUAUACUGGAACAUUAGAAAAAAUCGAUAUUGAACAUUGUUUAGAUUUAUUUCCUCAUUGUCUUGAUAUCUAUGUAGUGAAAGAAACAUAUUAUAUAAAUUUAUUAGUUCGUUUAACUAAACGAUAA